AUGCCCAAGCGUCCGCGCUCGUUCAGACGUCCCGAAGACUUCACCAAGAGUGAUUCUGCUGACGGGGAUUACGACGACGCGCAUGUCAACUCGUCUCCCAGAAAAGUGAGAAGCGCACGUCCCAAGAAGUCCAAAUCCCACAACUCGCGCAAACGCCAACGCAGAGACGACUACGGUAGCGACGGAGUCGUUGACGAUAGCGACGAUAACGACGAGGGUUCUUUCGACGAAGAUAGCAUCGAGGAAAGCUCUGGUUCCGAGGACGAGGAAGAUUCGCCGGGCCCCGGCAAGCGCAAGAAGCGCAAGGCUGCUCGUAUCCCAGUACAGUACGCCGAAUCCGACGAAGACGCCGAGGGAAGCGACGACGCUAUUGCAGAGCUUCCGCAGCCAAAGCCGAUCACACGUUCGCUCAUCCUCAAGCUUCGUAUCGCGCCAGAAAAGUUGGAACCCUUUAGGGACGCAGAAAAGAUGAGCAAUCCGCGUAGAUCAACAAGGGCGAACAGCGCCAGGAUAUCGGUGCGCGGUACAACGCCUGCCGCCGAAGGCUUUGGCAUGUCGACCAGACGCAGCAGUCGCGCCUCGGUAGCGCAAGAGCCUUUGGUAGCGCUUGGUGACUCUGGCAAGCAUGCCCACACUCAAGGCGCUCGUCAGGCAUCUUUCACACCCGAUCCUCAAUCUGCUAGAAAUACAAGAAGCAAAGGUCACAAAAAGCCACCACCUACCACUACUGUCAGUGCAAUCAUGGAGGUUUCUCAAGAAGAAAUUCCUGCCUCUCAAGAUUACGGCGAAGUCCCCGAGUCCUUCGAUAGAGAAUUGCGCGCAUAUGCCGAGCCUGCACCCAAGGAGGAGGAGGAAGACGAUACAGCUGGAGCCGCGUCCCCUUUCGUCUCGGAUGUGCGAAUGGAAGAACCAGAACCGAUUGCUGAGGAAGCUGAUGCCGAAGGAGAGGAAGACGAUGACGAGGAUGAGGGUCCGAUUAAUACGAACAAGCGCAAAUUGAGGGGACGAAGACUUAGGCCACGCACGCGUAAAUCGAAUGGUGAAGCUAGUAGCGACUUCGAGCCUCCAGUCUCCGGUGGUGAAGAAGCUUCCAGCGCCGACGAACUGCAGAUCUCGCCCAAGAAGAAUCAGAAGAGCGACGACUCGAGUAGUGGUGGUGGCCGCCCCAGGCGAUCUCGACGCACAGCUGCUAAGCGUUCGCGCGAAUCUUCGGAGGAACAAGUCGAUCCAGACGAGGUUGCCGACGAAGCUGAUGAGCUGCAUGAAGAAAGGCGUCGUAACAAACGCCCCCGUCGCAGUAGACGUGAUGACAUUGUUUUUGAAGGCACAACUUUGCGUAACAGGUCUAAUAGACCUGAUUACCGCAUCUUCAGACCUGAAGUUCAACAGGCUGAUGAGGAGGAAAUAGUCGCACCGCCAACGUCUCAGCGGAAUCGUCGUGCAGCUGGGCCUUGGAGAUCUCUGUUCUCGACUUUGGGUCCUUUCGGCGGCGCUGGCGGUCCCACGCCUGUGUUCGGUGGUGAAGGUGCAGAAGCUGCUGGUGGAGCCGACUCUGACAGUAGCGACGAUGACAUGGCUCAGAAAAUGCCUCGCGGUGUUGGAGGCACUGUAGGCAUGACACCAACCGCUGGUUCGGCACCCGGUCUUUUCCCACAAACUCACAAUACAGACGCUGGCGCGUCGACCGCUGGUGGUUUGUCCAACUUCGGAAAAGUCAAGGACAAGAAGGCCUUGGCCGAUGCUGAUCCCUUAGGCGUGGACCCGAAUGUCAAUUUCGACGGUGUCGGAGGUCUUGAAGACCAUAUCGACAGACUCAAGGAAAUGGUCCAGCUUCCACUCAUGUACCCAGAGAUCUUUCAAACGUUCAAGGUUACCCCACCUCGCGGAGUUCUGUUCCACGGACCUCCUGGAACUGGUAAAACACUACUUGCUAGAGCCCUUGCUUCCAGUGUCAGCACUCAUGGCAAGAAGGUCACAUUCUACAUGCGUAAAGGUGCCGAUGCACUGAGCAAAUGGGUCGGAGAAGCUGAAAGACAAUUGAGAUUGCUAUUUGAAGAGGCAAGAAAGACGCAGCCUAGUAUCAUCUUCUUCGACGAGAUUGAUGGUCUUGCUCCUGUUCGAUCAAGCAAGCAAGAGCAGAUUCAUGCAUCGAUUGUUGCCACUCUCCUCGCUCUCAUGGAUGGUAUGGACGGGCGCGGUCAAGUUAUUGUUAUUGGUGCCACCAACCGUCCCGACUCAGUCGAUCCCGCUCUGCGCCGUCCUGGUCGUUUCGACAGAGAGUUCUACUUCCCACUUCCUAACGUCAAGGCUCGUCGUGCUAUCCUCGACAUCCACACAAAAGGAUGGGAGCCUCCAUUGAAACCAGAAUUCAAGGAUCAACUUGCAGCUUUGACCAAGGGAUAUGGUGGUGCUGAUCUUCGUUCGCUCUGCACAGAAGCUGCUUUGAACGCUGUGCAAGGAACCUUCCCCCAGAUCUAUUCUAGCAACAAGAAGUUGCUCAUUGACCCUGCGCAGAUUAGGGUCAAAGCCAAAGACUUUAUGAUCUCGGUCAACAAGAUCGUACCUUCCUCCGAGCGAUCUGCGGCUUCCGGUGCUUCGGCUUUGAAACCCAAUGUCGAGCCACUGCUCAGGGAUGCACUUGCGAAAGUGUCGGCCAUCAUCGAUGAUAUUAUACCUCAGAAGAAGCCGACAACAGCAUUGGAAGAGGCCAUGUACGAUGACCGAGAUGACGAGCAUGGCUUCGAGAAGGAGAAUCUCCAGCGAGAGUUCGAAAGCUCCAGGAUCAACCGUCCAAGAUUGCUCAUUAGCGGUCUUGAAGGCAUGGGUCAGCAGUACAUCAGUGCUGCGUUGUUGGCCAAGUUUGAAGGACUUCAUGUACAAUCUUUUGACAUGUCGACAUUGCUUAAGGAUUCUACAAGAUCACCUGAAGCAGCCGUUGUUCAACUGUUCGAGGAAGUCAAACGCCACAAGCCUAGUGUCAUCUAUCUUCCCAGCAUCGACAUUUGGUACGAGACAAUGGGACAGCAAGUCAUCAAGACUUUCAAUGGUCUCUUGAGGACCUUGGCUCCCACAGAUCCAGUACUGGUACUUGGUGUGAUGGAACUGAGGUCUAACGAAUCCAGCCCCAAUCAUGAAAUGAUGAGGGAGCUGUUCAGCCGUUCGAAGAAGAAUUACUUUGUCUUGGAUAGACCUGGAGAAAUGGCUCGCAGAGAAUUCUUCAGCAAGGCAAUGAACUACAUUCGACAAUCACCGGCAGAGUUCCCUCAACCAGAGAAUCGUAAAAAGCGUAUCCUACCAGUCCUACCCGACGCACCAAUCAUUGAGGAAGAACAAAAGGCACCAAGCAAGGCAGAGAUCAAGGCACAAAGAAAAAAGGACCGCUUCACGCUCAACAAUCUCAAACUGCUCAUCCAACCAGUCAUGGAUCAGAUCAAGCUCAAGUACAAGAAAUUCAGAGUCGGUGUCAUAGAUGAAAACCUGAUUGGUUAUCUCUACGAUGAGCAAGACCCGAGCAUCGUCACAACCGAUCUGGAUCGCGAGGCCGCGCAACAGCUGAGACCCUUCGAACUAGCCAAGGACGCGAAGGGCACUACGGUUCUGCAUGAAACUGUCACCGGCAAGCAAUACUACAAUCUGGAAAUUGUUACCAUUGAGAAGCGCCUGUCAAACGGAUACUACAAGCGACCCAAGGAUUUUCUUACAGAUAUCCGAGCACUUGCCAAGGACGCAAAGAACAGUGGCGAUCCAGAACGCUUACUCAAGGCUAACGAGAUGUUGGCGAACGUUGAAGUUGACAUGAUGAACCUCGAGGCGAUAAACCCUGUACUGGUUGCGGAGUGUGAGGCCGUCUACAACCGCGAGCUAGCUCGUGAGAAAGAGCAAAUCGAAACGGCCAAGGCAGAAGGACGUGAGGUGCCCAUCAUCACACCAAAUGUACCACCUGAUGUCUCGAAUACCAUUACCGAGCAGUCUAGUGGACCAGUUCAUCUGGGAGAGGAAGUGCCUGGGCCACGCAUGUUGCAUCCUUUCACGCCGGCCAGACCUUUGGGACCCAGUCCAUUGUCCAAUGGUUACACGAAUGGCUCAAGGGUCCCUUCCAGAGCACACGGCGAGCCUGAGAUGCCCGACAGCCAGGAAGUUUCUCUUGUCAACCCUCAAGAACGCGCUGGGUUCGUUCAACCUUAUGCGACUCCAUCUGCACAGGGCUCACAGCCAUACCACACACAUACUCAGACCAGUGCAUUGACACGGAUAGCACCUGGUUCAGCACAUCACGAUUACUAUAACAGCGCGUCUUCGACUAGCUCGGGCCAAAAGACAAGCAGUCACAGUCACAGGAGUAGUGCUCCGUACUCGAUCAUCACCAACGCUUCUUCGAACGGCGCGCGCAACGAUGAUGCCCCAGACUUCAGUACUUUGCCUCAUCUCGAAGGUGGCAGCCAAUUGCCUAAUACGCAGCCACCAGACAUGUACGGUUCGCAGCCGUCGCAGUUGUCGCCGCAAAGAACCAUGGGUCCACCGCCAGCAAGCAGCCAGCCUCAUCACCAUUCGUUUGCAGUCCAGGCGUUGCUUAACGAGCCGCAACUCAUCCACGCUGAUUCCGGUCUUCUGAGGAGUCUCGAUGAUCAGAUGGUGCGCAAGUCGAGCGGACUGAAUGUCGAACAGCUGGAGCAGGUCAUGGCGAACAUCAUGGACGCGAUCUGGAGGACAAAGGGCGACUGGAACCGCAACCACGCUGUCUCGGCAGUAUCUGACACUUUCAACGAGACUAUUCGGGAUAUUGAGGAGUGCCAGGCCAUUCUGGCGCCCAGCCAAGACGAGUAG